AUGGACAACAACGUGUUUGAUAAAACAAUUGUAGUUAAAAGUGAAAAAAGAGUUAGCUUUGAUAUUUUAAUCUUAACAAAAAUAGCAUAUCAAGAGAGCAGGGAUACGUUGAAUAAAACUACAAAAAAGGAUUCAUUAUUCCAG